ACAACAACACAACGUAGCUGCUGGAGCAACCUGCCAGGGAGGGGGCUGAAGAACAAAACAAUGACACUGCUCGGAAGGAUUUGCGCUCAGUAACACUUUUAAAGUAUUUUAAAUAGCCAUCGCGUGGAUUUCCCUCCCGGUCAAACGCGAGUGUUACGUGGAUAUCCGAGUUUUAGACGCUGUUAGUGUUUUUAUUAUUGUUGCUGUUUGUGUGAUUAUUGCAGCUCAGGCGGCUAGCUGGUUUGUUAACGACGGUGAAGUGUUGGGGCUUGUCUCCUUGAUAAUUACAGCUCUUCCUCGGGAAAUGUUCAAGCUGUCCAGCUCGCUGUAAGCUAAGUAUUCCUACUUAGAUGACAAAUAAUAAUCAGAAACCACAUUUCCCAGGGAGCUUUGUGUCUCAGCUAGCCGGCUAGCCUGCUGUUAGCAUCGACGUUUUUAUAAUCAAGAACUCAUUUCCUUUGUUGGUACCAGCUGCUGCUUGAACAUUAAAUAUUGUAGAUUUUUUUUUGCGUAUUCUCUGUUUUUAUGUCGUGCUUCACUUUAUUGCACGACUAAGUUAAUUGCCUGCGGCUCCUCUGUUAGUUUUCUUAUUAUGCUGCACCAAAUAAUGUUACAUAAAAGUGGUUAAAUGUCAUCCUAAGUGGACACAUUUGAUAAAUUGUAUCACUGUGGAGACUAUUUUUAAGCAUGCAGCUGGUUUAGGUUUAUUUUAUUUAUUUUUUGUUUGUUUUCAUCAUUGAAUUUUCGACUUUUACUUGAAAGUGUGGAAGCUGCUCUAGUGAGAUCUCGUCCUGAAUAUAAACUCUCCUUGUAAGAAACAAUGAGUGGGCAUGGCUCGUCCUCUGAAAAGGGAGUCAACACUAGUCUAAUUUGUCAGGAGAGUUAUGCGUGUGGGGGCUCAGAAGAGGCUGCAUUUGAAUGUAAUGACUGCAAAAGCCUUCAGUGUGUUCGCUGUGAGCUGGAGCUCCACAGCCAGGAGCUGCAGAAGAACCAUGAGCGGGUCCAAGUAGGUCCUGGCCACGUCCCCUACUGUGACAACUGUAAAGGGGGUCCUGGGGAUGGCGGAAAGCGUCACAGGUCUGUGGUUCGCUGCCAGAACUGUAAGGUUAACUUGUGCCAAGACUGUCAGAAACGCACCCACAGUGGCAGCAGCAAGAAGAAACACCAGCUCACUUCUUAUCCACCACAACCCAAACCUGAAGAGGCCACCUCUGUCCAGAUGUGUGUCCAGCCUGCUGUUCAAAUAGCUGAUGAGGCUAAAUCUAAGAGGGCAAAACUGUUGGAGAAAGUGUCCAGUUUUCUCUUGGUUGAUGAAAAUGAGGAAAUACAGAUUAAAGAUGAUGCUUCGUUCAUAAAGAGCCUCAGCUGCGGUGCGGACCAGCUGCUGAAAGUGGUGUCCAUCUUCGGUAACACAGGAGAGGGCAAAUCUCACACCCUGAACCACACGUUCUUCACGGGCAGAGAGGUGUUCAAGACCUCUCCCACGCAGGAGUCGUGCACCGUGGGAGUGUGGGCGGCAUUCGACCCCAUCCAUAAAGUAGUGGUCAUUGAUACGGAGGGGCUGCUUGGGAACAGUUCCAAACAGGGACAGAGAACCCGCCUCCUACUCAAGGUGCUCGCCGUUUCUGAUCUUAUAAUCUACCGCACCCAUGCUGACCGCCUCCAUGACGACCUUUUCAAGUUCCUUGGUGAUGCCUCGGAUGCUUAUCUGAAGCAUUUUGCCAAAGAGCUUAAAGCCACAUCAGCCCGCUGUGGUCUGGAUGUCCCACUGUCCACUUUGGGUCCUGCGGUUGUCAUCUUCCACGAAACUGUCCACACUAAGCUGCUCGGCUCAGAUAAAUCAUCCGACUCAAUAGAUCGCCUGCUGUUGGAUCGCUUUCGUAAACUGUCCCGUUACCCAGAAGCCUUCAGCUCUGUCCAGUACUGGGGCACACAGACUCUGAGUCCUCCUACUGACUUCCGCGGCCUGCAGAAUAAGCUGGAGCAGCUCCUGGAUAACAAUGCCACCCGCUCCCCACGCACCCCUGUGGUCAUCUAUAAAGCCCUGCAGGCACUGAGUGAGCGCUUCAAUGGGGAAAUUGCAGGUGAGCUUGUAGCGCACAACAGCUUCUUUCCUGAUGAAUACUUCACCUGCUCCAGCGUGUGCUUCAGUUGUGGAUCUGGCUGCAAGAACAGUAUGAACCAUUUAGGAGAAGGUGUGUGCCAUGAGGCGAAGCAUCGCUGCCGUUACUCUGCUCAGUUUGACAAUCGCAUUUACACCUGUAAGGCGUGCUAUGAGGGGGGGAAGGAAGUGAUUGUUGUGCCUAAGACAUCCGCAUCCUCAGACUCUCCAUGGCUGGGCCUCGCCAAGUAUGCCUGGUCCGGGUAUGUUAUUGAAUGUCCCACCUGCGGAGUGAUUUAUCGGAGCCGUCAGUUUUGGUACGGUAAUCAGGACCCCGUGGACACAGUUGUUCGUACCGAGAUCCAGCAUGUUUGGCCAGGGUACGACGGCUUUUUAAAGGACAACAGCAACGCUGCACAGCGGGUUCUGGACGGAGUCAACUUGGUGGCCCAGUCUGUGUCAGAGCUCGGUGUCAAACCUGCCAAGGCCGUCACCUCUUGGCUGACAGAUCAGAUAGCCCCAGCCUACUGGAAACCCAACUCCCUCAUCUUGGUGUGCCACAAGUGUGACGCCGUCUUCCAGGAUAAUGACACCAAGCAUCACUGCCGGGCUUGUGGGGAGGGCUUCUGUGAUGGCUGCUCCUCCAAAGCUGCACCCGUCCCUGAGAGAGGCUGGGGUCUUGCCCCUGUCAGAGUGUGUGACGUCUGCUUUGAACAGAGAGCUACAUAUGCAGAGGUGCUCGAGGCAGAACUUGAGGAGGAGGAUGGUGGAAAUCUUGCCAGGAAGGUUGGAGAAGCAGUCAGCAACACACUCGGCGUCGUGGUCACUGCUAUUGAUAUCCCUCUGGGCCUCGUGAAAGACGCAGCUCGUCCUGCCUACUGGGUGCCGGACCAGGACAUCCUGUCAUGCCACAACUGCCAGCGUGAGUUCACUGCCAAGCUGUCCAAGCACCACUGCCGCGCCUGUGGCCAAGGAGUGUGCGGCGAAUGCUCCCCGGAGCGCCGGCCGGUCCCAUCGCGUGGCUGGGACCACCCCGUGCGCGUGUGCGCCAGCUGCAACCAGAAACCUGGAGACCUUUAACUUUGGGGGGCGGGGGCUCUCCUUCCUCGGAGCACAAGAGAGAACCGCUCACUCAGCUCGCAGUCUGGCAACUGUUGAAGCAUACCUCAGUUACUCCAAUGGUUCUGUUUUGUAUCUGUGGAAAGGAAAUAGGUAGAAAUGCAUAGAAUAUUUACCAGAUUUGGGCUUUCAGAGUUCCUGUGGCCUUCGUGGAUCAGUAUUGGGUAACUUGACUGAGUGUGAAAACUGCAUUUCCACUCAUUAUAUUCACAGGCUCAAUAUUUUGAAUAGUAUUGACACAGAUGCUUUGUUUUUCCGUUACAUAAAGCGUUUGAGCUAUUUUUCUACUAUUAUAAAAUAUUUAAAAAAAUCUUAUCAUUUCAUUAUUAUUAGUUUAAAGCUGAGAUCAUCGGUGGUUGGUGUGAUCAGUUUCCUUCUCAUUAUUGAGUGUAGUUCCUCCUCUGGCAUCGUACAUGUAAUGGCAGAGAUAUAUUUUAUAUUUGCGCAGGCACAAGUGCAAUUUCCAUUGCAUGCGUGCAUAAUAGCAUUUUAGUUUUUGCACUAAGCCUUUUUUCAGCUGUUAUAGGCUGUUGCUUAUCACGGGCAGAAGCCACAUAUGAUAGCAUAACCAGUUCCAAACGUAGCUGAAGUCUACAACAGUAGGUCUUCAUCCGGGAAAUCUGGUGUGCCAAAAAUAAUUCAGGUCACUGUGUCUGUGCUGGUGUAAUAUUUAUAUUCUAUCUUGUUAUUUGUGGUCUUAUGAAGACAUAGAGGUGUGUUGAAAACUAUGUACUGAUGAGGAGAGGAUGAAAAAAAACAAAAAACAAAAAAGUAAGUCCUCCAGCAUGCAUGGCCUUUUAUUUGCUCAGAGGAUGCUCUCUGAAUAAACCUCACUAUCUCUUUUACCUGGGGGGGCAUUUAAGUGUGCACAUCUUACAAAAUGUAUGCAUUUCAGGUUCAAAUUUGUUUUCAUGGCAUGUUUGAUUUAAUUCUUAUCCGUGCAUUUACUAUCUGCUUGGCUGUACGGAAACGAGGAUUAUCCAAAUUUCUCUUCAAGCUAGUUUUGCAUAUUCCGUUAAGAUCUCAGUCUCUACAGUCACAGUUUGAUCAGAUAACAACUCAUGACAUACAUGAUUUUUUUUUUCCCCAGCUCAUCACACCUUGUUUUUGUCACUCUACACUCUGUCACUCUGUUACUGGAAGCUAUUGUAUAUUUUCUUAAGCAUUUUUUUAAUUUGUUACUAUUAGGAUAUGUAUAUUAUUGUGACAACUACAAAGUACCCUAACUACCCUUUUUCUUUCAGUCAUGUUUUUAAUAUCAGCGUUGCACAAGAAUACUAAAUGUGGCAAAGAGAACUUGUUGAGCCAUUUUUAAUGACAUGAGUUUCAGCUCGUCUUGCAUCAUGACUAGUUUUGUGUUGUUAAGCAACUAAACCAUUACAUGUUGGAUGUCAUACAAAGCACAAGGUGAUGCCUUUUAUGUUAAUGCUUGUAUCUAAAUGUUUCAAUCAAGAAAAAAAAAAUUGGGUGUUUGGUCAAUUGUAGGCUUUGCGUAUGAAGUUACUCUUCCUUUUGCUCUAGCAUGGAUUUUUUAUUUUUAUUUUUUUCUGAUGUCAGAUGAGAGGAUGAUGCAUCUGCUUGGUCUCAAAAUAGAUUUAUCUGUCCGAAUGUUCCAUCAAACGCACCCUCUUCUGAUACGCUAAUGUUGCACAGGAUAGAAUAGGAGAAACCUUUAGAUUACUUGUACUGGAGAUCAUUCCCAUCCACAUUUUGUGCUGUCUGUUUGAUUACAUCUCCUGUGAGGUGUCUGUGAGGUAACAUUUCCUCCAGUUUCUUUCGAUCAGAAUGGGUGCUACUGUCAACAUCCCCUUUUCCACAAAUCAAGCAAGAAUGAGUGCUGUACUUUUAAAAUGUUGGAAUCCAACUUGAGGAAAUGACGUGUGAAUACUUGCUAAACUGCUGGAAGAUUUGCAUAAGAUUAAAGCUGUAUCAGCACCGCUUGUCAAAAUGUUAAUUUGGAACUGCCUCCUUGUUUUGUGUGUGUGUGUGUGUGUGUGUGUGUGUGUGUGUGUGUGUGUGUGUGUGUGUGUGUGUGUGUGUGUGUGUGUGUGUGUGUGUGUGUGUGUGUGUGUGUGUGUGUGUGUGUGUGUGUGUGUGUGUGUGUGUGUGUGUGUGUGUGUGUGUGUGUGUGUGUGUGUGUGUGUGUGUGUGUGUGUGUGUGUGUGUGUGUGUGUGUGUGUGUGUGUGUGUGACCACUUACAGUACUGUAAGUGGGAGGAAUAGAUUGUGUGCAUGCCUGUGUGUUAUUAUGAGCCUUGCUUCCAACCCUCCCCAACACUGCAGCUUCAGAUAAAGAGAAAAUACUCGUGUGGUGCUUAU